AUGCAGAAAAUGCGAACAUGCAUUCUUAUAUCACUAUGUAUAUUUAUUUAUCAGGUCUGCGGAAGCUCUAAGAAGGGAAAUUCGAACAAAGACCUUGAGUAUCUUAUUCAAGACGAAAAUAAAAAAGAAGGAGUGCUUAUAUCCACGUAUACAGGAGAUCUAUAUAUAGCUAUAAAGGAUGGAAAGGUCAUUGGAGUAAGAGAUCCCAGACAAGCAAAUCUUUUUGAUAUCGAUCUUCCUACAAAGGAGACUGACCCGCAAGAAAUAAAGCUCGAGCCGUGGGUAGAAGGCAAAAAGUAUGUUAUUGAAUCCAACCCAGUAGGAGAAGGCCUGAAUGUAGAAAUUCCAAUAGAAACAGAGCAAGAAGCAAAGUCUAAUUUGAUGAUUAUUCGAAAUGUAAUAGCAAAGAAUGCGAAAAAGCCAGUUUUUGAGAUUGUUUCUGCUUCUAGACAGAGGUGUUUCUCAUUGGACAUAAACACAUUAGAGGUUAGUCUGCAAGAGUGCUCAAAUGGGUCAAACGAUCUAAGGACAUUUAUGUUCCUUUCCAUGCAAGAGGCAUCUAAAAAUGAAGCAAAUAAGAAUGGAGGCACCGCCUUUAAUAUGGCAGAGUACACAGCCAGUACGCGGGUACCAGCUGGCACUUUGCUUGUAGGAAGUAAAUCUGGAGUGCUUUAUCUGCAUUAA